AGUAGGCCGCUAAUCCAGUAAAAACAAACCCAAAUUAACGUCAGAUUAGCCGUCAGUAUGGCACCGUAUUAUUUACUUUGUAUAUUUUAAUUAUUAUUUAUAUUUCAACCACCAAUCAUGGAAUUCCGGAGUAAAUAGAAACAUCUUAAGAACCAUAGCAUUAUCCCGGCCGCCCACUAUGUCCACACUGAUAGGAUUCUUCAGACUAAUUUCAGGGCGACAGUUGGCCAGGAAGACUGAUGGAGUUGUCAGCUGCAUAAGCAGGCAACUGAGGACCUUCGCAGAUACAUCCAAAACCGACUCCGGUUCUAAACAAAUCGUAACACAGGGCUCCGAGAAUGAAGAAAAAGUUCGCGUGCGUCGAGCCAGGGCAUCAGACGUGCCUAGAGUCCUAAGGUUCGUGAAGGAGCACGCUCGAACCACGUGGCCAGGGCUCGCAGCAUCGCCUUCUAUUUCACAUGUGAUCUUGUGCGACUAUGUAGCUAGGGCGCUUGCUCAAGGCCACUCGAUGCUAGCAGAGCGGCAAGAGCCACGUCGCGGCUGGUCGCAAAUCCGAGGACUGGCCUUGGGCACCGCCGUGUGUGCUUGGGAUGCAACUAUGUUGGAGAAGUGGGCGCGCUGCGUCAGAUGUCCUAGAUCAAGGAGAUUGAUGUACUUUACCGCACACUGCCUUAGAGCGCCGGCGCUGCAUGACAAAUAUAAAGUACACAAUAUUUUACAGGUUAUUUUAAUAGUUCCCAAAGACACACCGAAGAGUGCAGAAAUCAUCCACACUUUAGCAAAGAACGUCAUACAGAGGGGGCGAGAUGUCGGCUUCUCGCUAAUAAGAUUCGACGUCACAGACAACAGCAUUGCUAAAUAUCUCGAAGACCUGCAGUUAAAGAAAGAAUGGCAGCUCCCAAGCAAUACUUCUCUAGACGGACUUAAGGAUAAGAACGCGAUCACACACUCUGCAACAGAAACAUUAACCGAGCGAGAGAAGAUAUCCGCCAUAGGAAGCAACUAUUUGGCAGUCUACACAGCACUUACACAAGCAGACAGAAGAAAAUAAGAUUCACAUAAUUUAACGUCUACUGACGGCUGUAUAAUAGAUAUUUGAGAUUA